CCGGUAUAAAGCAGCCGGUGCCUGUGUCCGCUCCACCUCGUGGGCAGCUCCGGCCUGAGUUUGUUCUGUCCCCUCCCCACCACUUCGGCACCACCAUGACACCGGACAUCCAGGCCCCUUUCCUCUUUCUGCUGCUGUUGCUCCCAGUGCUUACAGCUGCCAAUGGCACUACCGUAACAACCUCUGACCCCAGCAGAUCUAUACAGGCUUCCAGUACACAAGGCAGCCCAACGUCCAGCCCCACUAAAGAAACUUCUUGGAGCACAGCCACCACCUCACUCACAGCCAGCAGCCCCAACCCCAGCCCGACUGCCUCUCCAGGCCACGAUGAUGCCUCAUCUCUGACCAGCAGCCCUGCCCCAAGCCCGGCUGCCUCUCCAGGCCAUGACAGUGCCUUGACUUCAGCCAGCAGCCCUGCCCCAAGCCUGGCCGCCGCUCCCAGCCACGACAGCACCUCGACUCCAACCGGCAGCCCUGCCCCAAGCCCGGCCGCCUCUCCAGGCCACGACGGCGCCUCGACUUCAGCCGGCAGCCCUGCCCCAAGCCCGGCCGCCUCUUCAGGCCACGACGGCGCCUCGACUCCGACCGGCAGCCCUGCCCCAAGCCCGGCUGCCUCUCCCGGCCACGACGGCGCCUCGACUCCGACUGGCAGCCCUGCCCCAAGCCCGGCAGCCUCUCCAGGCCACGACAGUGCUGACGGCGCCUCGACUCCGACCGGCAGCCCUGCCCCAAGCCCGGCCGCCUCUCCCGGCCACGACGGCGCCUCGACUCCGACCGGCAGCCCUGCCCCAAGCCCGGCCGCCUCUCCCGGCCACGACGGCGCCUCGACUCCGACCGGCAGCCCUGCCCCAAGCCCGGCCGCCUCUCCCGGCCACGACGGCGCCUCGACUCCGACCGGCAGCCCUGCCCCAAGCCCGGCCGCCUCUCCCGGCCACGACGGCGCCUCGACUCCGACCGGCAGCCCUGCCCCAAGCCCGGCCGCCUCUCCAGGCCACGACAGUGCCUUGACUUCAGCCAGCAGCCCUGCCCCAAGCCCGGCCACCUCUCCAGGCCACGACGGCGCCUCGACUCCGACCGGCAGCCCUGCCCCAAGCCCGGCCACCUCUCCAGGCCACGACAGUGCCUUGACUUCAGCCAGCAGCACUGCCCCAAGCCCGGCCACCUCUCCAGGCCACGACGGCGCCUUGACUCCGACCGGCAGCCCUGCCCCAAGCCCGGCCACCUCUCCAGGCCACGACAGUGCCUUGACUUCAGCCAGCAGCACUGCCCCAAGCCCGGCCACCUCUCCAGGCCACGACGGCGCCUCGACUCUGACCGGCAGCCCUGCCCCAAGCCCGGCCGCCUCUCCAGGCCACGACAGUGCCUUGACUUCAGCCAGCAGCACUGCCCCAAGCCCGGCCACCUCUCCAGGCCACGACGGCGCCUCGACUCCGACCGGCAGCCCUGCCCCAACCCCAACUGCCUCUUCAGGCCGUGACAGUGUCCCAUCCCUGACCAGCAGCCCUGCCCCAGGCCCUACGGCCUCUCCAGGUCACCACGGCGCCUCGUCCCCAACCAGCAGCGACACCUCAUCCGUGACCACCAGCUCUGCCUCGAGCUCCAUGGUCACUUCAGCACACAAGGGCACCUCAUCCGGGGCUACCAUGACCCCAGUCAGCAAGGCCACUCCAUCCUCAGUUCCCAGCUCUGAAACUGCUCCCUCUGCUGCCAGCCACAUUACCAGGACAGCUGCCAGCAGCACUAGCCCCCAACAGUUACCUGUUAGGGUCUUCCUGUUCUCCCUGUCUUUUCGCAUUACAAACCUCCAGUUUAACUCUUCCCUGGAAGAUCCCCAAACCGGCUACUACCAGGAGCUGCAGAGACGCAUUUUGGACUUGUUUUCGCAGAUUUAUAAACAGAGGGAGAGGGAUUUUCUGGGCCUCUCAGAGAUCAAGUUCAGGCCAGGAUCUGUGGUGGCAGAAUUAACUCUGGCCUUCGGAGAGAAUACCACUGCCGAAUGGGUGAAGACACAGCUCAGUCAGCUUGAAGCACAGGCAGUCAAAUAUAACCUGACCAUCACUGAAGUUAGUGUGCGUGAUGCCCUGUCUCCUUCCUCUGCCCAGUCUGGGUCUGGGGUGCCCGCUUGGGGCAUCGCCCUGCUGGUGCUGGUCUGUGUUCUGGUGGCGCUGGCCAUCAUCUAUCUCAUUGCCCUGGUUGUGUGUCAGUGUGGACAAAAGAAAUGUGAGCAGCUGGACAUCUUUCCAACCCUGGAUGCCUACCAUCCUAUGAGCGAGUACUCCACCUACCACACCCAUGGGCGCUAUGUGCCCCCUGGCAGUACCAAACGGAGCCCCUAUGAGGAGGUUUCUGCAGGCAACGGUGGCAGCAACCUCUCUUAUACAAACCUGGCAGCCACUUCUGCCAACUUGUAGGGACAUGUUGUCUGCUGAGAGUCCAGCCAGUACUGGCCGCCUCCCUGGAAUUCUUCACUUCUGAGGACCCCCGCCCCCAACUCUGUUCUGGGCUAGUGAGCUGGGCAUUCAGAUGGGCUGCUCACAGCCUCCCUCACAGGACCCACCAAGUCUCCUAACCCAUCUUAGCCCUGGUGAAGCCUGCCUGAGCCCCUGGGGACAUGCCAGAGACAGCGGCUCCCAGGAGGAUUGCCUGGAAUGCUUGGAGAUGGGAGUGGGAACGUGAACAUGGCUGAAUAAAA